AUUUGCGCCCCAUCCACCAUUUAAGACCAUGAAGUAUUGACGCUUUCCAACUGUCUGUCUGUCUGUCUGUCUUCCUUCUCUCUCGAUGGAAGAAACACUGAAACGCGUCCUGACAACGGCGGUGCUGCUGCUGACUUCCGCCAACUUGGCCUUAUCCGCCACCCGCUGCCCCGACUGUGGCUCCACUCCCGUGCCUUACCCCCUCAGCACGGGGCCAACGUGCGGUGACCAGUCUUACAAAAUCCGCUGUAACGCAAGCACCCUGUUUUUCGACUCAGUGAACAACUCCUACCCGAUCACCUCAAUCAGUCCUUCAAUUCAACGGUUGGUGAUUCAGCCAGCCAGUCUCUUACCCAACACCUGUGUCACGUCAGAUCUCCGCUUCCAGGGCCUCCAGCUCAACAACAGCCUCCCGUUCAACGUCACCAGCAGCAACACCAUCCUCUACUUGAACUGCACUCAAACACUGCUUGGCUCGCCGCUGAACUGCUCAUCGGCUAGCUUGUGCCACUCCUACAUCAACGGCACCAGCGGCGCCGCUCCCUGUGAAAAUGCGCCAAUAUGCUGCACGUUCGGGACGGGUGGGUCAUCGACGGCGUACUCCAUUCGGGUUCGAGACUCUGGGUGCAGGGCGUACACCAGUUUCGUGAACUUGAACCCGGAAUUACCCGUUAACAGGUGGCCGGAGCCCGGAUUGGAGAUUGAGUGGGUGUCGCCGCCGGAACCGGUCUGCAGCUCUCAGGCUGACUGCGACGGCAACUCGACGUGCGGACCCGACCCGGCUUCGAACGGGGUCAACAGGUGUUUCUGCAACUCUGGGCUCACGUGGGAUCCAGUUCAAGGGGCUUGUGUUGACGAAGUUACGUGUCAAAGUCAAGGAAAUUGUGGCGGCACGGAUAGAACAGCACUCAUUGCCGGUUUGACUGCCGGACUUGGCGGCGCUCUGGCGCUGACAACCGUGGCUUUUCUACUCUACAAACGUCACAGGCGCAUUAUAGAAGCGCAGGAGCGCCUGACCAGGGAGCGAGAAGCAAUCCUGAAUGCCAAUAACGGGGGCAGAGCGGCGAAGGUCUUUACGGGAAAAGAGAUUAAAAAGGCUACAAACAACUUUGCCAGGGAUUGCAUACUCGGUGCUGGCGGAUAUGGAGAAGUGUACAAAGGAACCCUUGCUAAUGGCACGGUUGUGGCCGUCAAAUCUGCCAAGCUCGGAAACGCGAAAGGCACUGAUCAAGUCCUCAAUGAAGUCCGAAUUCUGUGCCAAGUUAAUCACCGGAGCCUUGUUCGCCUGCUUGGAUGCUGUGUCGAGCUAGAACAGCCUAUUAUGGUUUAUGAAUACAUUGAGAACGGAAAUCUUUUCGAUCAUAUACGUGGUCGGAAUGCCGGAGUAAGAAGCCAGCUUACCUGGAGACGCCGCCUCCAGGUUGCUCAUGAUACUGCAGAAGGUCUUGCAUACCUCCACUUCUCUGCCGUUCCCCCAAUCUAUCACCGAGAUGUAAAGUCUAGCAACAUUCUUCUUGAUGAGAACUUGAAUGGCAAAGUUUCAGAUUUCGGGUUAUCUAGACUGGCUCAGACGGAUAUGAGUCAUAUAUCGACCUGUGCUCAGGGCACCCUCGGAUAUCUAGAUCCCGAGUAUUACCGGAACUAUCAAUUGACAGACAAGAGUGACGUUUACAGUUUUGGAGUUGUUCUGUUAGAGUUGCUGACAUCGCAGAAGGCGAUAGAUUUUAACAGAGAUGCAGAUGAUGUGAACCUGGCGGUUUAUGUCCAGAGGAUGGCGGAGGAGGAAAGGUUACUGGAAGUCGUUGACCCAAUGUUGAAGGAGAAAGCAAGUCCCUUAGAGGUGGACACCAUGAAGGCAUUAGGGUUUCUGGCAUUGAGUUGCCUGGAGGAACGAAGACAGAACAGGCCUUCCAUGAAAGAAGUUGCUGAGGAAAUUGAAUAUCUUAUGAGUAUAGGAACAGGUGAGGUCGAAAACUAGUUUGCUGAACAAAGAUGACGGGGAUUUUCUUCACUGAAUUUGCUUGAUGUUUGCCUGUAUGGUUUCUGUUUUGGUUAUUAUAUAAAUAAAAAGCUCAGUUUUGA